ACACAACGUUUGUUUGUAUAGCUUAACUUUAGAAGGAUGGGCUGUUCGUUGGUUAGUUGCAGAGUUGAAGUUCAUUAACUCUGACACGAUCCAUCAUGGCGUUAUCAAGUGUUAUCAGACAUAUCAACUUUGCUAUCACUGUCUUCGCUGCGUUGUUUACUGUUUUAUCAACGGCGGGAAAUUAUUGGCAAUAUGGCGAUGAUUUUCAUUUAGGAUUGUGGAAGACAUGUAGUGACAGUGAUUGUAUACGACAUGAUAUAGAAACGUUCCGAGCAACUCAAAUUUUGAUGGUACUGUGUUGCAUCUGUUUUGGUUUUGUCGCUGGUUAUGUCAUACUUAUGCACUUGAUGAAAAAUUUGUCACCAAAAUUUAUGGGUGUUAUAUUGUUAAUUACGUGCCUCUUCGAAAUAGCUGCUUUGUCAUUUUACACAGACAAGAUGGGCAGUGAACUUCUUUCCUACGGAUGGGCAUACGCCUUAGGCUGGGUAGCAUCUAUUUUAUCACUAAUAUCUGGUGUUGUAUGCGUCUUAGACGAAGCUGAGUGAAUAUGCAUCAACGAACAAGCAGAUUACGAUCACCAUAUUUUUGUACCUACUUGGUCUGUGGAAUAACUGGAAUAACUUUUUUUAUUGAAAUAGGCUUAUUUGUUUA